AUGGCAGUGCUACUGCCAUUUUGCAUGGUCAGGUGCGCCGUCAGGCCUUCAGGUGCACAAGGGCGCACUUGUGGGAUUAAAGUUGAAAGAGUUGACAAACAUUGUAUUACCAUCAAGAGCAGGAAGUUAAGAAAGGUAACAAAUUUAUCAACAAUUUUUUUGUCUAGCGUUUCUUUUGGAUUUUCAGGUGGUAACCUUAGAUCUGUUGCUUCAUCUGGUGCAGUUUGCAGGUUUAUCUGCAAAUUCUUUUCUUAUUUGAGAUAUCUGUAUCUACAGUCAAUUUUAGAGAAAACGAAAAGCUUGAGGAAUCAGAGGCAAAAAGGAAAUGGUGUCGUACGUGAGCUUGUUGCUGUACGGAGUGGGAGGUAUAGUGGUGGCGGGGAUGGCAGAAAGAUUAUGAUAGAGAUAGAGAUAGGGAUGAGAGACAUAGACAUAGGUCAAAGUCUUAUGAGAGAAAGCGAGAGGAAGGUCAUAGACACAGGUACAAGGAUAGAGAGGAAAGAGAUAGACACAGGUCAAAAUCCUAUGACAAAGAUAGAGAGGAAAGGCGUGGACACAGAUCUCACUCAAGGGGAAAAUCUGGUCAUAGAUCAAGAUCACGUUCUUGAUCUCGCUCUCGUUCACGCUCCAAAAGCAAAAGGAUCAGCGGGUUUGACAUGGCACCUCCUACUUCUGCUCUGUUACCUGGUGCUCCUGCUGUUCCAGGCAACUAGACAUCCAAGGCGAGUUUAUGUGGGUGGACUUCCUCCGAGUGCAAAUGAACAGUUUGUAGUGCUUGGAGAAAGUAUAAGAGUCAAUUGAAGACAACUCACUUCACAUCCUAUGAGAAUGAUGAGCUUCGAAUGGAGAAUAGUCCAGUAGAUAUUCCGGAAUCUCACUUUAAAGAUCUUAAAUAUUGGAACUCCGAUCCUCACAAGGUGGAGUAGCUCAAGAAAUAGAUGAUGAAGACGAUGAAGAAC